UCCAUUUUACAAUUCCUACUCUAUUCCAUACGCAGCCGUCGUUAGGUUCUAAACCACUACCUGAAACCCUUGCGCCCUACAAAUAUUUCUUGUCUGACUCUGAGAUUUCUCUCUCAUCUCGUAACUAGAGAAGCCAUGGGUUCUAAGGCGUCCGAUAAUCCUCACUUCGGAGAUGGUGCAAGCCCUGGCAAAAUCUUCAUCGGAGGCUUAGCUAAAGAUACAACCUUAGAUACGUUCGUGAGGUACUUCGGAAAGUAUGGAGAGAUUACAGAUUCGGUUGUAAUGAAAGACCGACACACGGGUCGGCCCAGGGGUUUUGGGUUUAUCACAUAUGCAGAACCAUCUGUUGUGGACACUGUUAUUGCAGAAACGCAUGUCAUCAAUGGCAAACAAGUUGAGAUUAAAAGAACCAUUCCCAAAGGUUCUGCUGAAUCCAAGGAUUUCAAAACAAAAAAGAUCUUCGUUGGUGGGAUACCAACAUCUGUCACCGAAGAUGAGCUCAAGAGUUUCUUUUCGAAGUAUGGGAAGGUUGUGGAACACGAGAUCAUACGAGAUCAUGCCACUAGCCGCUCUCGUGGCUUUGGAUUUAUUGUAUUUGAUAGUGAACAAGAAGUUGAUAAUAUGGUGGCCAAUGGGAAUAUGAUUGAUAUGGCUGGUACACAGGUUGAGAUCAAGAAGGCUGAACCAAAGAAACCCUCAAAACAAGCACCUGCUACAUCUUAUGGUAGUGAUUCUAGGGCUCGAGCAUAUGGUGAUGAUUUUGUUGGGUUUGGCAACUCCUAUAGCAGUUUUGGCGGUGGCGGUUUUGGCCCUGCUUCUUAUAGGUCAUUUGAAGGUCUUGGCAGUAGGCUUGGUAAUUAUGGUGGAUAUGGUGGUGGUGGUAGUGGUAGUGAAUUUGGUGGUCGUUAUGGGGACUUUGGCGGCAGUGAUUUCAUUGGAUACAGGGGAGAGCCCUCUUUUGGCUAUUCUAGUCGCUUUAGUUCCUAUGCCGGAGGGUUUGGUGGGGGAUAUGGCGGAACUGGGUUAGGCACAUAUGGCCAGGGAGGUGGAGGCUAUGGGAGUUAUGGCGGAUCAGGCUCUGGUUAUGAUUCUGGCCCUGUUGCUGGUUUUGAUUCUGGCACUGAUGCUGGUUAUGGUGGUGCAGGGGGGCUGUACAGAGGUAGAGCAGGUUAUAGUGGUGGCAGUAGUCGUUACCAUCCUUAUGGAAGGUAGAAACUUUCCUGUGCUUUCCUUAGAGGAGUUGCACACAUGAUUCCUGUUUUUCAGUACAUUGCAUUUUGUGGUUCAGUAGUCACUUAAAGCACUUACUGCAAGGUACACUAUCCAGUAGAUCUGAAGAGCUAUUAGUUUGUUUCCAAUUACUUUAUGGGAUAGAUCAUUAUCAGUUUAUGGAAUAGACAUUAGUUUCUUUCUAAUCGCUUUUUGUAGACAAUGCGAUUUAGAUCAUUAUCAAUUUAGAGUUAAAUGCCUAUGAAUGUUCUCUUUAGACACUGAUGUAGUAUUGAAAUACUACAGUAUAAUUUAGUUAGAAUCAAUUGUUCUAUAGUGGUUGGUUUUUUUGUGUUGCAA